AGAGAUUAAAUUUGUAGGUAUACAAACUUCAGUCUUAGAGGCCAACUGAAGCACCAGCAGUGUUUGGGAGCAGAUCGCGAGAAAUCCGUGAGGCAGUGGGGCAGAGGCUUUGCUUUGCACAGCUGUGUAAAGACUUGACAUAAUAGCUGUCUGGAGCAGCAAUCUCCGUGCUGGAGGAAACAUGAGGAGCGCCUGCUCUCCCUCCCUUAGGAAGCGUAAUGCUCGGCAGAGACCGGGAAGGGAGGAGUGACUGCUGUGCCCUUGUGUUCCGCCUCCGCUGGCCUGAAGGAAAGCAAGCCGAGAGAUGCUCUUAGGGCAGAUGCAAACCACCUCAGUGAGAAAGCCCCCAGGGAGAGUACCCUGCCCCAGGCAGAAUGUCCCCAGCGCUACCCCUGUACCCCUGCCAUGCUCCGCACGGGGCGGGGCACCGUGCCCGGUCUCAGCGCUCAAUGCCACGAUUUCUAGCCCAGAGUUCACCGUUCCUGUGCAGCUUGCUAUAGCAUUUUUUAAAACUAUUUUGUAUUAAAACCAGUAGACGAGUGCAUUUGCUGUUGCUUUGUGGCUGGUUGGUUCAUUUUGGUUUCAAAAUUUGCUUUAAAUACUCCAGCAGCGGCAGGGGCCCGGCCGGAGGUCACGCGUGGCAGCGGGGCCGCGGGGGACCCUGCGACCCGACACGUCCCAGCCGUGCGGAGAGCAGGUCACCGCGCCCGCCUUCCCCCUCGUCCCUCCCGCUGCCUGCGGUGGGAGGCGAGCGGGGCCGGCGCGGCUGGGGAGGCCAUUUUGCAGCCGUUCAGGGAGGGAGAGCGGGCGGCGGGUGCGGCCGGGCGGGAGCCGGCCCCGCGGCAGGUGAGCGCGGCAGGUGAGCGCGGCGCCGGGCCGGGCCCGUGGGACACGCGGCAGCCCCGGGCGGGCCGGGGCAGCAGCGGCGCUGCCGGGGAGCCCCGCGGCGGGGCAGGGCGGGGCGCGGGCGGCAGGGGGCGCUGCGCCGCCGGGCGCGGGCAGGGCAGGGGGUGCCACCAAGGGUUAAGGGGCGGGCGGGGAGCCUGGGGGCAUAAACGGGAGCGGAAUUAAAGAAUAAACCCGGGCGGACAGGCAGCCGCGCCGCGGAGCUCUCCCGCCUCCCCUUCCUUCCCCCUCGCCUCCGCCGCCCGCCCGCCGGGGGGGACAGCGCGGGACGCGGAGCCGGGGCGCAGCGGCGGGACGACAAUGCAGCAGGCGGAGAAAGCAGGAGGGGCAGCGCACGGCAACAUGGAGGGAGGCGCGGAGCGGGCCAGCCCCUGAUGCGGCUCUUUCUCCUCCUCCUCCGGGCAGCGGCUCCGGCGGCGAUUCUCUCCCUGGCGGUGGCUGGCGGCGGCGGGUGGAAAUGAGCAGGUCGGCGGCGCUUCUCCUCUGCCUGCUGGGCUGCAACGUAUGGAAGGCGGUGACCAAAACCUUAGGGGCGCCCGAGGCGGCUCAAGUGUUCUCUUCACUGAGCCUCGGCCUUCUUCCUGAACGCUCAGCUACUCUGAUGGUCUAUGAUGAUGUAGUCCAGAUAGUCUCAGGAUUUCAAGGUGCACGGACUCAGCCACAAGUUCACUUUCAGAGAAGAUCUGUGAAAUUGCCAGAGAACACUAGCUACAGUGAUUUGACAGCAUAUCUGACUGCAGCCAGUUCACCCUGGGAAGUGGACAGUUUCCCUUAUUUGCAGGGAUUAGAUGGAAAUGGAACAGGAAACAGCACCAGGUACGACCUCACCCCCGUCACUGCCGUCAGCGUCCACCUCCUCAGCAGCGACGGGAGCCCCGUGCCCGUGAACGGCCCCAUCUACGUCACAGUGCCUCUGCCAGCAAACAGCAACCUGAAACACAAUGCACACGUUCCAGCGUGGAGGUUUGACCAAAAAUUCGGGACAUGGCUGAAGAGUAGUUUGGGCAUUGUACAACAAGAAGGAAAUCAGUUGACUUGGACUUAUAUUGCACCUCAGCUGGGCUACUGGGUUGCAGCUAUGUCACCUACUAUCCCAGGUCCCAUUGUAGCACACGACAUUACCAGCUAUCACACAAUGUUUCUUCUGGCAAUUUUAGGAGGGAUGGCUCUCAUACUUCUAGUCUUGCUGUGUCUGCUUUUGUAUUAUUGCAGAAGAAAAUGUCUAAGACCACGUCAACAUCAUAAGAAACUGCAGCUUUCGACAGCACUGGACACUUCUAAGAAGGAUCAAGCGACCUCAAUGUCCCAUAUAAAUUUAAUAUUUUCACGUCGUGAGUCAGAAUUUCCAGGUGGAUUGUCCGUUGCUAGCAAUGGACACGCUGAAAACUCAGGGGCAAAGGAAUUAAUCAGUGCUGUCCACAUGGAGAUGGUAUCACCUACUGGAGAAGCAGAUAUGCAUACACCUAUGCUCAAACACUCCUUCAGUACUUCCCAGGAGUUCAGCUCCCGAGAGGAACUGCUCUCUGACAAGGAGAAAGACAAGAGUAGAAUUUCCUUGGAUGACCUGACUCCCAGUGGGUCGCUAAGAAAAGACUACCACAAGUCAGCAGAUAGUUUUCCUCUAAAGACAAGAAAAUCUACAGAAACAGCUGAAGGCUAUGAGUCCCCUAUCAAAGAUGAGUAUAGGAGAAGUUACAAUGCUAUGCUGUCUCAGCCUUUAUUUGAAAAGCAGGAGAGAGAAAUUCAAGUAUCUAUGAACCAUAUUGCUACUGGAAGUAAAUACAAUAUUCAGGAACAAAUAUACCCCACACCUUCAGCCCCUGAAAAAGAGCUGCUGGACUGCAGACCUACUGAUUGUAUGAUGUCUCGUUCAGUUGAUCACCUUGAAAGACCUACGUCCUUCCCUCGACCGGGUCAGUUAAUCUGCUGCAAUUCUGUUGACCAAGUCAAUGACAGUGUUUACAGAAAGGUUUUGCCUGCACUGGUGAUCCCAGGUCAUUACAUGAAGCUGCCCGGAGAACACCCUUUUGUUAGCCAGCCCCUGGUUGUCCCAGCUGACCAGCAGAUUGAUAUAGAAAGACUUCAGGCUGAGCUUCCUAACCCUCACGCACGGCUUUUCCCGCACCCUGCCCAGCAGCUGCAGCCCCAGCAGUUGGCAUCCCAAGCAAUAUCUCAGCAACAUUUGCAAGAUGCAGGUGCAGCUGAGUGGAGUCAGCAAAAUGCUUCCAUGUCUGAAUCUAUUUCCAUUCCUGCCUCUCUUAACGACGCAUCCCUGGCUCAGAUGAAUAGCGAAGUGCAGCUUCUUACGGAAAAGGCUUUGAUGGAAUUAGGAGGUGGAAAACCAUUGCCUCAUCCUCGAGCAUGGUUUGUUUCUCUAGAUGGGCGUUCAAAUGCUCACGUUAGACAUUCGUACAUUGAUCUCCAAAGAGCUGGUAGGAACGGGAGUAACGAUGCCAGUUUGGACUCUGGCGUUGACAUGAAUGAACCGAAAUCGGCCCGAAAGGGAAGAGGAGAUCAUCUGUCUGCGCCCCAGAGCCACCCCCCAGUGCAGGAGCACCAGCAGAGGGAGCGGAAGGUUUCAGACAGCACAGCCUACACACAGCUGGUGUACUUGGAUGACAUGGACCAAAGUGGCAGCGAGUGUGGGACGGCCGUUUGCAGCCCCGAGGACAAUGCUCUCCGAUGCCUCCUGGAGGGCACCAGCAAGAGAAGUGGUGUGCAGCUGCCCAGCCUGCAGGAGGAAACCAGAACUGUGGAUACCAAACCAGAGCCAUUAACUAGUCCUGAACAUGGAACAUCCAUUCAAGAUGAUGAUGAUGAAGAUGAGGAGGAUGAGGAAGAUGACCAAGGUGAAGAUAAGAAGAGUCCUUGGCAGAAACGAGAGGAAAGACCACUAAUGACUUUCAAUCUAAAGUGAGCUAUUGUGAAAAUCCACCCUUCAGUGGAGUAUGAAAUUGCCAAAUAUCCUUUCUGUGGAAGUGCUUGAUAUUUUUUUCUUUUUUUCUUCUUUUUUUUUAUGUUGUGGAGAGAAAAGAGAAAAACAAACUGUGGUGAGCAACAUUUGAAAGAACUUAAAUGCAUUACUGUGUAAAUGUUAGAAAAUAAUUAAAAUCAUUCCUCUGAUUUAACAGCUGCCUCCAGUGAGAUAGCUGAACAAAGAGUGUGAUUGUUAUUCCAUAUACUUGAUAUUGGUCAUCCAGGAUGUUGAAAAUACUGACAAAUUGUUUUGGUUGGUUUAUGACCUCAAUCUCCUUAUAAAUGGGAGCUGGUAAAGCUUUUGUUUUGUAGGCCAAUUUUAUGUUGAUAAUGCUACUGAAAGUAUCUUAAAAACAGGAGUUUGACACAUGGUGUCCAAAAUUGUGCAUUAUCUCAAUGAAAGGCUAUGCAUUGCUGCUUUUAGUAAUAUUUUGCUUAUACUAUGCUUUUCUUAAUUUUACAAGUUGGUUGUAAACAUUUUAUGUCCUUUAUUAUAAACUACUCAGCAAUUUAUUUUAAUGUACAACUGCAGGAAACUUGAGUAGCAUCCCUUAGCAUUGAAGCCUUUUUAUGAAACCAAACUGAACUUUGUGUCGACUAAGAUUCCUCCAAUUCUGGUACCAUUUUCUCAAAGUGCCUUUUUUACAGUAACAAUGAACAGUCCCUUCUUUUGCUAAGUCCUUUUAAUUGACCCCAUUUGAGAUUUUAUAAACUUCUGAACUUCUACCUUUUAUUUUAAGCUGCAUGCCAAGAGUCCCAUUUUGUGCUGAGCAUUUCUCAUUUCAAUACAGUGUAUUCUGUAGCUAUCAUGUAUAUUGUGGAUUCUGUUUAGCCAGGAUAGACUUAGAAGACAUUUUAAAGGGCCCAGAGUAGCCAAGAAGAUAGUUUCAUUGACUGUAUAUAUUGUUAGUUUCUUCUGGAAUCACAUGAGCUAAUCAUGCUCAUAUAAAAUGGACUAUCGACUGAGCAAGUAGACUGAAUGUGUCUAGAAAAAUUUGGGGAAAAAACAAAUGUACUAUCCAAAAGUGCCAGAAUUACUCUUCUGUGCUUUUUCCAUACAGAGCUGCUUGGUUAUCCAAAAAUUAUAAUUGAAAAUAAACUGCAAAAAGUAUCUUUGUGGAUUUUUUCCUUUGUUAGUGGUUAUCACACUAUUUUAUGUUAUUUAAAAAGAAAAAUACUUUGGUUUCAUUUUUCCUAUGCAUAUUUAUGCUCAUGUGACUUUCUUUUGCCAUUCUCAUGAGCUGAAGUCAAUACUGAAAUUUAAACCCCUUUUCAGAAAAGCAUCCUCUGUAUCUUGAUAAGUACGUAAUGAUAUGCUUAAGCAUCAGUGAAGACAUUGGAAAUGAAAUCCCUGUAUCACCAAAAUUUCCCUGUGGAGUCACACUUCCUGUGGGCCAGUUUUCUUUCUGAGAUUUCUAUGGGUAUUCACACUUACUGCACUCUUCUCACUUUUUCAUUAAUUGGGUUCAAAGAAGAGGAAGUAUGUGACUUCCACUUUUGUGGAGUCCUUCAUGUGCAUUCAGUUUAUCAUGUUUCAUUCAGUUAUUUUUAUGCAGAUUAGCAGCAGUCAUGCUUAUUAAAGGUAAUAAGUAAUCUCCAAAGUGAUUUAAGUGCUAUGAUAGUCCCUAUUUAAUUUGUAAUAAUAAGCCCCAACUCACAUUCAUUGAUUUAUUUUCAGUAAUUUUCAAGGUUUUCAUAGAAAGCAAGCCUUGUAAUUUCCAUCUUAGUGUGUGUCUUACCUGGGAACCUGAUCUCUAGCCAGGAGUUGAAUCCCAGUUUCCUAGUUCCCAGGUGAGUGCUCCUUUGCAGCCACAAAGCCAGAUCACCUUUUGCUUUGGUUCAUGUUUGGAAGUGGUAUAUGUUGUAAAAGGAAUCUAAAAUAUUGUGGAUGCAUUGAAUAUUGGAAUCACCACAGUAGCACUAAAUUACGUUUGACUCAUUGUGUAUGUGCCAGAUCCUUUCCUGUUCUGUUUAGGAAUUUUGUACUGACCACCUGUGAACUGGUUUUGGGCUCUGGGUUACUUAUUGUCAGUUUGUGAAAGGUCACUGAACAGAAAAACACUACUUUAAGGGCAUAGUAUUUAUCAGAUGUCAGUAAGUGCUGGUAAUACAAUGUCACUUAUUAAUCAGAAUGCUGCAUAAGUAAACAUUCUGAAUAAAAUUUCCUCAUACUAGAAUUAUUGUGCUAUUUAAUUUCAAGUUUUCUGUUGUCUUAAUGUCUGUCAUUUUUAAUUACAUUCUUUUUCACAUUCCUUUGCAAAGUUUCCAUCAUUGCUAUCUUGUAAAGUGAGAUUGUUGCUAUUAAAUUGCAGUGGUUUGUUUCUUUAA